CGACGCCAAUCGCAUUGCUUGGAAUUUCCGACGGUGGAUGGCGGCGGAGCUCGAAAAGUACGCGGCGUUUGUCGAGAGCACGCUGCGCCCGCAACUUACGGAUGCACUGGCGCGACGUGAUGCAUUGAAUGAACAGAUCGCAGAGUACGCGACUCUCGUGGAAGUCGUGGAAGCCAAGGCAGCCAAGGACUCCGCCGACAAGCCGUGGAAACUCCAGGCAGAUUUGGGGAAGCAAUGCUUCGUCAAGGUCAAAGUGCCGCCACAGACAAACAUCGUGGUCCACAUAGGCCUCCAAGUCUACAUUGACGUUCCCGCGAAAGACGUCCCUGCCAUCGUCGCGAAGCGCGUGGACGUGUUGACGAAGCAACGGGACGUGCACCAGACCAAAGCGCGCAACGUGGCAGGACACAUCCAACAGAUCCUCGACUCAAUAGAGCAACUCGCCAAGUUGCAACAGUUGGAGAGCUAACCAUAACGAAGUAAAUGAUACAGUUGGCAUUAACGAACGAUACAUGGACAUGGUCAUGCAUUCUACAAA